UCGACCCUCCUGCAAACUCACACCACCUUCUGGCUUACCCUAUCGCCCUCCACCCCCCAUCCCCCGCUCUCCCCACUCCCAACACACACCCUCCCCAGCGCACGUCUCUGGUUUGCUAGUUUCUAUUUAACCCCCCUCCCUUACUCUCUCGCUCUCUCUCUCUCGCUCACUCCCUCUCUCUCACUCCUCCCCUUAUUCCCUCAAAGCCAGCAGGCUGCUUUUCGAUCCAGACCGCUUGCUACAUGAUCUCCUUGAAAACACCGUUGCGCAUCUCUCUCGCCGCUCGAUGGCUUAGCCUUUGUAGACUACUCAACAAGAGGAAGAGAGAUGCCAGCGCCAGGACAUUGACUCCUUUCUUUCUUCUGCUUCCCCCUCCCCUUCCUUAAUCUCCCACCCCUUGAUCUCUACCCCCUCCCCUGUGCCCUCUCCUGUCCUGUCCUGUACCUCCUUCCUCCCAACCUCCUCCUCCCCUACCUAAACCCCUGCUCUCCCUCUCACCUCGCACCCCCUUGACAAUGUUACCAUGCAUUAACUGGCUUCAGCCUUUCCUUGCCUUGCUUUCCUCCACCUUGCUGACUCGGGGCCACAACUGUCCGUCCAGCUGCCUGUGUCCGGACCACCACACUGUGGACUGCCAGGGCCAAGGUCUCACCAGCCUCCCUAGCCCCAUCCCCCUGGACGUCCGGCGCCUCCUUCUCUCCGACAACUGGAUUCCCUGGAUCCCCUCGGACUUCCUGGUUCUGUACAGCGACCUGGUCUACCUGGACCUGAGGAAUAACUCCCUGUCGGUGCUGGAGCCCGGCACCCUCAGCACCUCAUCUCGCCUAGUCUUCCUGGACCUGGGCAGCAACAACCUGACAGAGAUCCAGUCAGGGACCUUUGUGGAGUCCCGGAGCCUGAUCAAGCUGCGUCUGGGGAACAACCCCUACCUUAGCCUGGUGGAAGAGGAUGCUUUCCUGGGGCUGACCUCGCUGCGGGAGCUGGAGCUGGAAAGGAACGGCCUGCAGGGGCUGGAUGUGGGGGUGCUGGAGCCCCUAACCUCACUCCGGGUGGUGCGCCUGGAGGGCAACCCCUGGGUGUGCAACUGUCACUUUGCCAAACUUUUUGUGUGGCUCACGGAGAACUGCCACAAGCUUCCAAUGGGUAUGGAGGGGUUGCAGUGUUCCCUCCCCAUGGAUGGGAGUCUUAUGUCCCUGAGCCUGCUCUCUGAGGCCAGUUUCCGGGAGUGCCGGGGCUACCUCUCUCUUACGGACAUCCUCAUUGUCAUCUUCUCGGGCAUCUCAGUCUCUGUGGUGGCCAUUAUAGCCAGCUUCUUCCUGGCCUCCAUGGUCCACUGCUUUCAGCGACUGGGCAAAGCUGGUCAGGCGGAAGAGGAGGAGGGCAACGACUGAGGUGAAGAAAAAGCAUGAUCUGGGACCAGAUUCAGUAUCACUGCAGACAUAGCAGACCCGACUAGGUGCCUCGUAAGAGUGCCAGGAAGAAGGGCAGGACAAUGGGAGAGCAAGGCAUGGACAACGAGGAGGGAGUAUAUGGCCAAGGAAUUGUGCAAGAAAGCUCUUACCAUGUGAAUUCCUGUGCGCUGCAUUGGUGGCAGUCAGCAGCACACCAGGAGGGGUUAAACCAUGUCAGGAAAGAUUGUGUUAAAUAACCUUGAAUGAUACACGUUUUCUUAUCACUGAAGUACCAAAUGUGCUACACUCUUAGAAAAAAGGGUUGGAAAAGGGUUCUUCAGGCUGUCCCCAUUGGAUAACCCUUUUUUGGUUCCAGGUAAAAUCCUCUGUGGAAAGAGUUUUUACGUGGAACCCAAAAGAGUUCUA